AACGCUCAUUUUUAAAGCAAUGCUAGCGACAGUUGAUCCAGAGUCAGUCAUAAUAAGUAAAGGCAUUUUUUUAAACGGUCGAGCGUAAACACAAUAGCGAAACCAGGAAAUGCAAACUUGGGUGAUAUUCCCACAUUGUUGUUCGCUUUUAUAGAGGUGUCACUAUUUCGGUUUGAGAGUUUCUGUCUGGAACUGAUAGAGGAACCGAUGGGAAUUAUUUGCAAUGAAGUGGUGUCAUGAGUAGAAACCACUGGGUUUCGACUUGUGCAUGUCAGUGGGAACUUCGGGAGACAGAGCACUGACACGAAUGAAUGUCCACGGAAGUUGCAAUGUAUUCUGAUGAGGAUAACCAGAAUAAUGAGGACUGGAUGACAAAUUUGCCAGAGGAGCUGUGGGAUGUGCCUCUUUCAAGUCUCGCCAUACCAGGAAGUCAUGAUGCUAUGAGCUACUCCCUGGACAUCAACUCUCCUCUGAUCCGCUCUGAGUCUGACACCUUUAGACUCCUGGAUGGUCUCUUCUACUGCCUCACCAGACCUGCUAUCUACAGGUGGUCUACCACGCAGGAAAAAGGUAUUGUGGAGCAGCUAUCAGAGGGGAUUCGAUACUUCGACCUCCGAAUCGCCCACAAACCGUACGACCCGUCCAACGAACUGUAUUUUACACACGUCAUUUACACUCAUCUGACAGUGGUGGAAACUCUGAGGGCCGUAGCCUCGUGGUUGGAGUCUCACUCCAGGGAGGUUGUUAUCCUAGCAUGCAGUCACUUUGAAGGACUCAACGACAAACUACAUGAACAUUUAAUUUUCUCACUGAAGAAAAUCUUUGGGUCUAAACUCUGUCCUCGCAAGGAGACAGUGGUGACCCUGCGUGGUCUGUGGGCAUUGGGUUACCAGGUACUGCUGUCGUAUGAUGACCAGUCAGCAGCACGACACCAGGCUCUGUGGCCAGGUAUACCGUACUGGUGGGCCAACCAAUACACGGCCAGCGGGGUGGUCAGCUAUCUGGACUGGCAGAAAGACAUGGGACGCCCAGAUGGUUUCUUUGUGUCUGGUCUGAACCUGACGGCUGACCGCUCCUACAUCGCGCUGCACCCCCGCCAGUCCCUGCAGACCCUAACUCUGGCUAACUGGAAGGAGCUGAGGCCGUGGCUGGAGGAACAGGUCCCUGGACCACACCCUAACAACCUCAACAUCAUAGCAGGAGACUUUAUAGGACCUGUCCCCUUCUGUCCUCUGGUCAUCAACCUCAAUAGAAAACUGUUACGGCAGCAGAGGAUGGAUGAGAGGACUCUUAGAGGAGAGGAUAGAUGAGAGGAAUCUUAGAGGAGAGGAUAGAUGAGAGGAAUCUUAGAGGAGAGGACUAUUAGAGGAGAGGAUAGAUGAGAGGAAUCUUAGAGGAGAGGAUAGAUGAGAGGAAUCUUAGAGGAGAGGAGGACUGACCGACCUUCAGAUGAGAAAUAAAAUACCUAGUUUAGGGAGUAAUUCCAUCAAAAAUAAGUGAUUCAAAGAGAACAGAAAACUGCUACAUCAGCAAAGUUACGACCGAGGACAACCAGUCAUUAUUUAGUUUCACUGGGAAUCAUACAGACCACAGAAAGUCAUUCCAAUAGAAGGUCUAGAUACUUCAGAAAUGGUUCACACCCCUUGACUUUUUACACAUUUUGUUGCAGCCUGAAUUUAAAAUGGAUUACAUUGAGAUUUUGUGUCACUGGCCUACACAUAAUUCCACUUUGACAUGAUGUGGUAUUAUGUUUUUAGA